AUGGACGGCGGUAGCGGCAGCAGCAGCGAUCCGGCUCCCCGCCCGGGUCCGGAAGGGGAGCAGCGGCCCGAGGGGGAGCCUUUGGCCCCAGACGGCAGCUCCCCGGACAGGUCCCAGAACAAGGCCGUGGCCCCUGAGGCAAACCCAGAGAGAAGCUGCUCCCUCCACAGCUGCCCCCCUGAAGACCCUUCCAGUUCUUCGGGACCCCCACCAGCAACUUCCACCCUCCAGCCUGUGGGCCCAUCCAGCCCCUUGGCCCCUGCCCACUUUACCUAUCCCCGGGCACCGCAGGAAUACCGGGGGGGCAGCUCCCUGCCAGGGCUUGGGGACCGGGCAGCUCUGUGCUCCCAUGGCUCCAGCCUCAGCCCUUCCCCAGCUCCCUCACAGCGCGAUGGGGCCUGGAAGCCAGUGUCUGUGCAGCACCACGUGGUCAGCGUCAGGCAGGAACGGGCCUUCCGGAUGCCAAAGAGCUAUUCCCAGCUGAUUGCUGAGUGGCCAGUGGCCGUGCUGCUGCUGUGUCUGGCUGUCGUCCUCCUCUGCACCCUGGCUGGACUGCUGGGGGGCCACCUACCCGAUUUCUCCAAGCCCUUACUGGGCUUCGAGCCUCGGGACACGGACAUUGGGCGCAAGCUGUCGGUCUGGAGAGCGCUGCAAGCCCUCACAGGCCCCAAGAAGCUGCUUUCCCUUUCCCCAGACCUUGAGCUGAACAGCUCAAACCCCCACACCACUCUGAGUCCCACACCCUGGAGCAGUGCCCAGGAGGGCAUGGUCUGGCCUCGGAGGAUGGUGGAGCCCCUGGAGGACAGAGGGCAGGAGAGCUUCUUCUGUGGGCCCCCUGAGAAGAGCUACGCACAGCUGGUGUUCAUGUCCACCUCAGCAGGCAGCCUGUGGAACCUGCACGCCAUCCACUCCAUGUGUCGCAUGGAACAGGACCAGAUCCGCUCCCAUACCAGCUUUGGGACUCUGUGCCAGCGUACAGCAGCCAACGAGUGCUGCCCCAGUUGGUCCCUGGGCAACUACGUGGCUGUGCUCUCCAAUCGUUCCUCCUGCCUGGACACUACUCAAGCUGACGCAGCCCGCACACUGGCCCUGCUGCGGGCCUGUGCCCUCUACUACCACCGCGGUGCCCUGGUGCCCUCUUGUCUGGGGCCCGGGAAGAACAAGCCCCCACGCUGUGCCCAGGUUCCCAGGAAGUGCUCCCGGAGCACUGCUGUCUACCAACUCCUGCACUUCCUGCUGGACCGGGACUUUCUGAGCCCCCAGACUGCUGACUACCAGGUACCCUCCCUCAAGUACAGCCUGCUCUUCCUGCCCACCCCGAAGGGUGCCUCCAUGAUGGGCAUCUACCUGGACCGCCUCGCCGUACCCUGGGCACUCUCUGACAACGACACCUCCAUCACGGGCAUGGACCUGGGCCUCAAGCAGGAGCUGCUGAGGCACUACCUGGCCCAGGACACGGUCUACCCCUUGCUGGCCCUGGCGGCCGUCUUCCUCAGCAUGGCUCUCUACCUGCGCUCCCUCUUCCUCACGCUCAUGGUGCUGCUGGGGGUGCUGGGCUCCCUGCUGGUUGCCUUUUUUCUUUACCGCGUGGCCUUCCGGAUGGCCUACUUCCCCUUUGUCAACCUGGCGGCCCUAGUCCUGCUGAGCAGCGUCUGCGCCAACCACACCCUCAUCUUCUUCGACCUCUGGCGCCUCAGCAAGAGCCAGCUGCCCUCCGGGGGGCUGGCGCAGCGCGUGGGCCGCACCAUGCACCACUUCGGGUACCUGCUGCUGGUCUCGGGCCUCACCACGGGCGCGGCUUUCUACGCCAGCUACCUGAGCCGCCUCCCCGCCGUCCGCUGCUUCGCGCUCUACAUGGGCACGGCUGUGCUGGCGCACCUGGCGCUCACGCUGGCCUGGCUGCCCUCCUCCGCGGUGCUCCACGAGCGCUACCUGGCGCGCGGCUGUGCGUCCCGGGCGCGCGGCCCGUGGGCCGGCAGCGCGCCCCGGCGACUGGCGCUGGCGCUGCACCGGCGGCUCCGCGGCCUUCGGAGGGCGGCCGCCAGCACGUCGCGCCUGCUCUUCCAGCGCCUCCUGCCCUGCGGCGUCAUCAAGUUCCGCUACAUCUGGAUCUGCUGGUUCGCCGCGCUGGCGGCGGGGGGCGCCUACAUCGCCGGCGUCAGCCCCCGCCUGCGGCUGCCCACCCUGCCGCCGCCCCGCGGCCAGGUCUUCCGGCCCAGCCACCCCUUCGAGCGCUUCGACGCCGAGUACCGCCAGCAGUUUCUGUUCGAGCGGCUGCCUCAGGGCGAGGGCGGCCCCAUGCCCGUGAUUCUGGUGUGGGGCAUCCUGCCGGUGGACACGGGCGACCCCCUGGACCCUCGCAGCAACAGCUCGCUGGUGAGCGACCCUGCCUUCUCGGUCAGCGGUCCCGAGGCCCAGCGCUGGCUGCUGGCACUCUGUCAGGGAGCUCGGAAUCAGAGCUUCUUUGGGGCCCAGCCAGAGGGCUGGCCCACACUGUGCUUCGUGGAGGCCCUCCAGCGCUGGAUGGAGAGCCCGGGCUGCGCCCGCCUGGGGCCUGGCCUCUGCUGUGGCCACUCGGGCUUCCCCUGGGCCCCCCAGCUUUUCCUGCACUGCCUCAAGAUGAUGGCUCUGGAGCAAGGCCCCGAGAGCAGCCGGGACCUGGGCCCCCGCUUCAAUACCCAGGGCCGCCUGGCCGCCCUGGUCCUGCAGUUCCAGACCAACUUCCAGUACAGUCCAGACUACAGCCAGGCCCACCACUUCUACACUGAGGUCAGCCACUGGCUGGCAGCGGAGCUGGGCAGGGCACCUCCCGGCCUGCGCCGGGGCUGGUUCACCAGCCGUCUGGCGCUGUACAGCCUGCAGCACAGCCUGAGCACCGAGCCUGCUGUGGUGCUGGGCCUGGCUCUGGCGCUGGCCUUUGCCACACUGCUGCUGGGCACCUGGAACGUUCCACUUAGCCUGUUCUCUGUGGCAGCCGUGGCUGGCACUGUGCUGCUCACGGUGGGGCUCCUGGUUCUACUCGAGUGGCAGCUCAACACUGCCGAGGCCCUCUUUCUCUCCGCCUCUGUGGGCCUCUCGGUAGACUUCACCGUCAACUACUGCAUCUCCUAUCACCUGUGCCCACACCCUGACCGCCUGAGCCGCGUGGCCUUCUCGCUGCGCCAGACCAGCUGCGCCACGGCAGUGGGGGCCGCAGCCCUGUUUGCGGCGGGCGUGCUCAUGCUGCCUGCCACGGUGCUGCUCUACCGCAAGCUGGGCAUCGUCCUCAUGAUGGUGAAGUGCGUCAGCUGCGGCUUCGCCAGCUUCUUCUUCCAGUCUCUCUGCUGUUUCUUUGGACCAGAGAAGAACUGUGGGCAGAUCCUCUGGCCUUGUGCCCACCUGCCGUGGGACGCCAGAACUGGGGAGCCUGCUGGGGAGAAGGCAGGCCGCCCACGACCAGGGCCAGUGGGAGGGGCGCCCGGGCCCUGCUCAGAGCAGUACGAGUUACAGCCCCUGGCACGACGCCGGAGUCCCAGCUUUGACACCAGUACAGCCACCAGCAAGCUGUCCCACCGGCCCUCAGUGCUCUCUGAGGAUCUACAGCUGCAUGAUGGUCCCUGCUGCUCCCGGCCCCCGCCGGCCCCUACCUCCCCAAGGGAGCUGUUCCUGGACCACCAGGCCGUCUUCAGCCAGUGCCCAGCCCUGCAGACCUCCUCCCCCUAUAAGCAGGCGGGCCCCGGCCCCAAAACCCGGGCCAGGCAGGACUCCCCAGGGCAGAAGGCUGAGCCCGUGCAGGUGUCACCAGCAGCCCCAGCCCACUCCCCCAAGCCCCAGCCCCAGGUUGCGGAGCCUCCUGAUUGCCUCUGCUCCUCAGCCAGCACCCUGGAGGGACUCAGCGUCUCCGAUGAGACCUGCCUAAGCACCUCCGAGCCCAGUGCCCGUGUGCCGGAUUCCAUGGGUGCCUCCCCAGAGGACCUGGACGAAACUGAGCAAACAGUACCUGAGCGGGGCCAGCUGAACGGGAAGCGGGACACGCUGUGGCUGGCGCUGAGGGAGACUGUGUACGAUCCAUCACUGCCCGCCUCCCACCAGAGCAGCUCAUCCUGGAAGGGCCGCGGGGGGCCAGGGGACGGCAGCCCUGUGGUGCUGCCCAACAGCCAGCCAGAUCUGCCAGACGUCUGGCUGCGCAGGCCCAGUACCCACACUUCAGGCUAUAGUAGCUGA